AGCCAUUGAUAACGGUGACCAGACUCAAGAUGAGAAAUAAAGAAACCUUUGAGGGUGUUAGUCCAAAACCAACACCCAAAGUGGACUUCAGCCAUGUGAUACACCUUCUUGAGGAUCCAUAUGCAGCCACCUUGGAAGAGAGACAAGUUUUUGUACUGAAGAAGAUGUUGAAAAGAUGCCAAAAUGGCUUUCUUCUCAAAGACGUAGCAGAUGUUUUCAAAAUUCUAAACCUGUGUGUUGAGAAGGCUGAAGGUCGCCCUGAAUACACUUCAGUGAUGUGUGACAUACUGAAGAUAUGCGGGCUGCCUUUCCUGAAGGAAAAGUCCUCAGAUGAGAUGAACUAUGCCAAGACUGUACAAGAGUCAUUCUCUCAGAUGGGUUACCUAAUGAGAGUUCCAAGCGCUGAAGUGAGGCUUCAGAUUUGUGCUUCCAUAAUAUCAUUCUUCAAUGACAAGAAAUCCAAACACUGUGUGGAAGGGUCUUACCCCAUCAGCCUGGGCUAUAAAGUUGAAAUGGUGGAGCAGAGUGGGAUAGCAGAGAUUCUGGUGCUGUCUAUGGCCCUGCUGGAGAACCAGCUGGCAAUAAGGCUGCAAGUUUUGCAGACUCUUCAGAUGCUCUCCAGCUCAUCGGAAGUGAACUGUCGCAAAAUGCUGAAGGCGCAAGGUGCCAGUAAAAUCUGCUCUCACAUGAAUGAGCCGGACCCGUCGGGACAGGUGCUGUUUCGCUCCUCCGAGAUCCUGUGGAACAUGCUGGAGAAGGACUGCAAAGAUGAGGUCACCUCUCAACUCAGCAACAUGGACUGCAUCUUGUCUUUGAAAGAUGCUUUGCUAAACCAAUUUUUGAAUGGAUUUCAGAAGUAUGAUCAGCAACUCAGGAAUGAUUUGCUUGUCAUAACAUCUCUAGUGGCGGAAAACCCCAAAGCUCCAUUGAUUGAGAGUGGAUUAGCAAAGCAGCUCACCUUGUUUGCUACCUUCCCAGAGAUAAAGAGCCACAACCCACUAGUUCGCAACUUCAGGCUGUCUUUUAACUAUGAAGACUUUGAGAUGAAGAAGUUGCUGUUUAACAUGCUGGUGGUCAUGUCAAAUGACUUAUGCUCUUUGGAGCUGUUCAGAGAGGGCCAAGUCCUGCUUGCACUGCUUCUCCACUUGAGGCCCAGUGAAAGGCCAGGUUUCCAUGGCUGGAACUCCGUCCAGCAGGGGGAGCUACAGCUGCAUGCCCUCUCCACCCUGGUCUCUGUGGCCCCGCUGCUGCCAGAAGACUACAUUAGUUGCCAGGGGAACACACAUCUGCUGAUGCUUUUGGAAUGGUGCACAGAGCAAGAUACCGACGUUGGACAGGGACACAGUUCCCGAGAAAAUGAGGGGAAGGGCGACAGAAAGGCUCAGUUGCACUUGUGUGUAAGGCUGCUAAGAGCUAUGGCAUCUCUGGGCAAUGAAACAAUCAACCAGGACCUCUGUGAUCAAGGAGCCAUCACCCAGUUUCUUGAAAUUAUAAUGCAAUUGGAACUACACAAGGAAGAAGAGGAUGCAGUCACUCUUGCAACCCAGACUGACAUUCAGCAAAUUCUGUCAGUCCUUUGUGAAAAUGAUCUCCACAGAAAGGAACUGUUUGGAUCUGGUGGAGUGGAAAUGUUAGUGCAUUUCCUCAAGAUCAGCUCUGAUAAAUUCUACAGUGGUCUUGGUCACAACAAACUCAUCCUUUCCACUGUGGACUGUGUCUGGUCCUGUGUUGUUGGCUGUGACACAACAGAAGACAUGUUUUUGGAAAAAGAGGGGGCUUUUCUUCUACUUGAUUUGCUCCAUCUGGGUCCAAGUAACAUGCACGGUGUUGUCCUUGGGACACUACUUGAGCUGUGUGACAAUCCCAAGACCCUGCCCCACAUCAACACCUGGAGGGGGGAGAAGGGGCUGACUGCAGCUGUGCUCCUGGUGCAGUUAUGGAGGCAAGAGGGGAGAGAGCUGGGAGUGAGGCAUGACCAGCAGGGGACUGUCACAGAUGCCAAAACAAAUAUACUCUCUUCCAACCAAGAAGAGGACCAGACAUUGCCUUUGCCUGCAGACAGACCCACUGCUGUAGUAAUGGAUGGAUCAGAUCACCUGCAUGCAAAGAUUUUUUCUAUCUUCUGUAAGAUAGGUUUUGAAGAUUUACCUGGACUGACAACUGAAGAUUAUGUCACCCUGUCUAGCAUCAGCAGAUACUUGGAUUUUAAGGUUAUGGAGGGUUGGGAGGAGAUUGCAAGAGAUCUGGCAGCUGAGGGAAUGAGACCAGUUACUCCAGACAGGGAGGCACUGGAGGCCAUUACUAAAAUGGCAGAGGACACAGCAAAGAUAGUGGCCACACAGCAGAUGGACAUGAUUGAGAGUCAAAAGCAGCAGGACAUUCGUGAGGAGCAGCUCCUGUACACAGAGAUAAGCUCCAACCACAAACACCGGGAGCUCACAGCGAAAUCGUGGGACCACUUUGUGGCAAAGACGUCAAACCACAAGGUGUUGGUGGAAUCAAAAAAGCUUCAGGAAAAAUCCAUUAACUCUUCCAGAUCAAAGGUUAAAAAUGGGGAAUCUGUAUUUCACUCUACCCAGAUUGCUGGCUUACAUACGACACAUUUCUGUGGCCGUGUGAUGGCAGUGGAGAGCACCCCCUCGCAUCUGGUGGGGGGACCCCUCGCUAACACGGAACUGGCUCUGGAGAGGGUCCCCAUCCAGGGUGGGGCCCUGCAGACUCAUUCAUCUGCAGCCCAGGACCUGGAACACUUCCACUUCAGCUCAGUGGAAGCUAAAUAA